CUUCACCCAUGGGUGAUGUUCCAUUUCGCUACAUCUUCCACCAAUUACUCAGCAUUCCAAUUCUUCCGCAGCCGCCGUGGAUGAAUAAUUGAUCUGAUGAGAAUGCCUUUCCUUGGCAGUGACAAGACCGGAGCGACGCGUUGCACGAGGACCUUUGUGGUUCAAUCUGGUACGACCCAUUGUGCUGUCGAUAUCAGGCAGCAUACCGUUUGCGGCGACCGUCCUGUCCUCGCGGGACAAAGGAAUCCUUCCCAGAUUUAGGUUCCGUGGUUCAUCGACCAGGAAUAUAGCUUCCAUGCUACCCUACCUCAGCACCACCGAUCGUAGGCGACAUGGACGGUGUCCCUGGCGAUCUCGCUAGCAGCUCUCAAGCCUGGUUUAGCUACCAUGAUCAUCGGAUCCAACAGAUAUAAUUUUGUGCUCUCGUAUUCGAACACCUGCAUUUUAAUCUUCUUUUGCCAUCUUCGUUGCCCUAAUGGCGUUAUUGGCGGAAUUUUUUUAUUUGCCCCAGGCGAACGUCUGCAUGUACCCCAGAAUGGCGGCUCGGGAGUCAAUCACAACAGUCCCUGCAAACGAUCAAGACGUCUUACCUGCAAUGCUCAUCAUCCUCCAUUUUACCUGCAACCUUGCUGUCAGUCAGCAGUAGUGGAAGACGCUUCAUCCAUUUGGGCAAUUGCUCCGUCUCCAUUCCCGCCGAUCGUUCAAAAUUUGCUCGCUGGCCGCUACCCGGAAAGCCUCUCAUCUCGCCACCGUGAUGUUCGAGAGGCUGGAGGCUUUACUUUGAUGCUUAUUCUUGCUUGUGAUCGCAUACGCUCGAUUGUUGACCGAAGAGAUGCAUCCUAUCCUCUGCUAGUUUCCAAAUAAUCUUUAUGUUCUUUGCUUUCGCAUGAAGACUGUUUAUAUUCAAUCCUUUCGCCUUAACACACCCACUUUCCAUACGUACAAGAAUCCCCAGAUCAUUAAAUAUUUUGCUACGACGUAUUCGGAAGAGUUCGAGAAGCUUACGGGUGCGUUCCCCGCAUCAAUAUAUGCACGGGGAUACAAGGAUCAGCAUGUUGAUGAUGGUAAGCGAAGCUGCAGUACCAGGAUGAUGCAGUUGCUUACAAGCCCACGCCAACACGGGAUGACGAAAUUACCGCUGAGAGGGACAGACGCGAGAUGACAGCUUCGAAGCUGACCUUGAGCUUUCGAUGCGUAUAAAGAAGCUCCGGAGCUCAACUACGGGGGAAAGGAGAGGUAGGGUUGGGAAAUCCGUCGUCCGUUUACUAUCAUCACAGCUACGAGUGCGGAGUUUUCAAUUGACACUCCUGUGCUGAUUUCAAGCCAUUUGCUUGAGUAAUGGAUGCUUCACUCAAGCUCAUGGCCAUUGGCCUUGCAGCUCUGGCGUACGCUGUUCCUCAAGGGUCAUCAGUCACUGCCGCGUCCGCGACGACCACUACGCCGAGUUCAACGGACGAAUAUUCUACUGUGAGCUUCAAUUCGUCUGCGGUCACGGCGUACUUGCCCAAUGAUGACUAUUCGAACGAACGCCUGGCCUUCUUGUGGGACCAGGUUGGACCUAUUCAGACUGCCGCAGUCACCACUGUGGUGGAACCGACUCCAGAGCCGUCAAUUUUCCCUCAGCCGAAUUGGGUUCACCCACUUGUUCCAUCGUACAUGAAUGAGCUCGACGAUGCGAAGCUUGGCGACGACUUUGUCUGGGGAGUAGCCUCUGCAGCUUUUCAAAUUGAAGGAGCGGUCAAUGCAGACGGAAAAGGUCCUUCAGUCUGGGAUCUGAUUCCUCAUCGCUGGGCCAACUCUAUUGCGGACAAUACCACCGGAGAUGUCACUGCCAACAAUUACUAUUACUACAAGGUCGACAAUGCUCGCAUGCAAGCACUAGGAAUUCCAGCCUACAGCUUCAGUAUUGGUUGGUCUAGAGUCUUCCCCUUUGGCUCGGGACCCGUCAAUCAAGCCGGUGUCGAAUUCUACGACAAUGUUGUGAAGGACUUGGUCUCCCGCAAUAUCAAGCCAUACAUCACACUCUUUCAUUGGGACACGCCCUUGGCGUUGUUCAACUCAUAUGGUGCUUGGACGAGUGAAAACAUUGUUGCUGACUAUGUUCGCUAUGCCAAGUAUAUCAUUUCGCGUUAUGACCAAUAUGUCGGCGCGUGGAUCACAUUCAAUGAACCGCAAUACUGCAACUGGCGAUUCUCUAACUAUCCUUUUGGCACCAUUCUACCUUCAUACAAUGGCAUUGGCAAGGGCGGAGUGAAAGCACGCUUCUUGUGCGGACACUACACCCUUCUCGCCCAUGCCGAGGUCCACAACUGGUACAGGAAUGUGUUCAAAGGCACCAAGCCAAUGACCAUGAAGACUAGCGCGAACUACAUCAUUGCCAAUAGCACGAGCCAAGAAGAUCAGCAGGCAGUCGACCGUGUUAACGACUUUAACAUGGGAUGGUUCGGUCAAUGCUGGAGAGACGAUGGUGACUAUCCCCAGUCUCUCAAGGAUACACUCGAGCCUUUUGGUCUCCUCCCGCAGUUCACUCAGGAUCAGAAGAACAUGCUGAAGGGUUCUUGUGAAUACUAUGCCAUUGAUGGGUACACUACAUACUAUGCGGCUGCUCCACCAAAUGGCAUUGCAGCAUGCACUGCGAACAUGAGCGAUCCCAACUUCCCCGACUGUGCUGUCACGUCUUCAGCUCAGCCCAGCGGAUUCCCCAUAGGGCCUAACGCUGAUGCUGGUGCCACUUGGCUCUACAGCACGCCUGUUGGUAUCCGGAAGUUCCUUAACUUCAUCACCAAGGUCUACUUCCCCAACGUGCCCUCCAUCCAAGUCACAGAAUUCGGCUUUGCCGACCCUGACGAGGGUGGCUUCAACACGCUUCCACAGAUUCUAUGGGAUCUCAGGCGUGCGGACUAUGUUCAGAGCUUCCUCGACAACAUCCUGGCUGCUAAAGUCAUCGACGGUGUCAACGUGACUGGCGUGUUUGGCUGGUCGCUCUACGACAACUUCGAAUGGAAUAGCGGUAUGGGCACGAAAUUUGGUCUGCAGUACCUUAACUUGACUAGCUACGAGAGGGUUCCUAAGGCUAGCAUGUUCCAAUUCCUCAACUGGUUCAAGAAACACGGUGCUAGCGGCGUCACUACCAUUGCUAAUACCACCAUGCCCGUUGGUUACGGUACAAAUUCGUAAAAAAAAAAAGCUUAUACUAAUUCAAGAAGACUUUUGUUCGAGUACUUAUAUCAUUUCCCAUUCAUACAUAUUCAGCUUUAGAAGAAAUAUCAACUUUUCCUGUUUUCGAUGUGCG